GGCGCGCGCGCCCGCUGGCGUGCGUGCGUGCGUGCCCCAUUGGCUUCCCAUGUGUGCCCCUGCGCCCGCGCGGUGUCUGUGGUAUUAAUUCAUCUCAAUUGCCAGGGCCCGGCACGGUCGGCGGUGGCUGGGCGAUGUGGUGGUCGUUGCACCCACCUGAAGCAUUCGCCCCGGUGGCGCCCAUGGAUCCUUCCCCGGUGUGUUGGGCCCUGCCCUGGGCUGCCGUUAAAGUCAGAAAGAAUGCCGGCGCGGCCGCUGCCUCCCAGUGUAUCGUGCUCAGUGUCGCAGCGUAGCCAUGAUGCCACGACAGAUCCAUCGAAC